CCGAAGUUAUAUAACUAAGAUUUAUCAUACUCAAAUUUCUUAGUUUUCAGCCCAUAUAGCAAUCUUUACACUUCCUUUUCAAUAAUGGCUAAAAGCAGAAAUACCAGGAAACAAACAAAAGAGAACAAGAAGGAGAUUAAUCGGAAGAGAAGUCCUGAGCAAAAAGAGAAACCACAUUCAUGGGCUGUCGUGAGAAGCCUCUUCACCUGCAAACACCUUCAAGCACAAAUGCAGCAGCAGCAACUACAAAAGGCGGAGCAGCAGCAGCAGAAGAAGAAUUCAGAAGAGAAGAAACAGCAAAAGGAAGAACAAGGGAAGCAGGAAAAACAAAUGCCAGAUAUGGAGGAAAACCACAAAAAGUGCAAGAAAAUAAAGUGUUCAGGCUCACUAUGUAGCAAUACAAAAGUCAUGCAUAGGCCUGAACCUGUGUCACCUGAGGAUCUAAAGAAAAGGGCUUCAUCAUCAAUGGGGGGCUCAUUCAACACUGAAAAUGUUUCUUGCAGAUCAAUUAAAGUUACUCUCAAUGAUCUCAAUGGGGCUGUGGUUUCUGCUUCAUCAUCUUCUUCUUCAAUGUCUGCUGCUUCUACUACUAAUUCUCCUUUAAUUACUGGAUCUUUCAGAGGAAUGCCUUUCAGGAAAUUUUCCAGCUGCUAUGAGUGUAGAAUGGUGGUUGAUCCUGUUCUUGGGAUGACUAGAGACCCUUCUUUAAGAUCUACAAUUUGUUCAUGUCCAGAAUGUGGUGAAAUCUUCAUGAAAGCUGAAAAUUUGGAGCUUCAUCAAGCUGUGAGGCAUGCAGUGUCUGAAUUGGGACCUGAAGACACAAGCAAGAACAUUGUGGAGAUCAUAUUUCAAUCAAGCUGGCUAAAGAAACAGACCCCAGUGUGCAAAAUAGACAGGAUUCUGAAAGUGCACAAUACUUCCAAAACAGUCAGCAGAUUUGAAGAAUACAGAGAUUCCAUCAAAGACAAGGCUACCAAGCACACAAAAAAACAUCCACGCUGCAUUGCAGAUGGCAAUGAACUCCUGAGGUUCCAUUGCACCACUUUUAUGUGCUCACUAGGACUAAAUGGCUCAUCAAACCUGUGCAACUCAAUCCCAAACUGUAAUGUCUGUAGUAUAAUUAAAAAUGGUUUUAAGGUCACCGGAGAAUUUUCUUUGGCCGGAGAGGUCACCGGAAAAGCUAUUCUGACGACUGCAACAAGCGGAAAAGCCCAUGACAAUGCAAGGGUUGUGCUAGAGGAUGACAAGAGAGCAAUGCUGGUUUGUAGGGUCAUUGCUGGAAGAGUAAAGAGGAACUUGGAGGGAAGUCUUGAGGAGUAUGAUUCUGUGGCUGGAGCUGCUGGAGUUUAUUCUAAUUUAGAUGAAUUGUAUGUUUUUAAUCCUAAGGCUAUAUUGCCUUGUUUUGUUGUAAUUUACAGAGGAUUUUAGUAUGCUUUUAUUUAGUUGUUUUUGCUAA